AACAUCAAAGCGGGCAGAAUUGAACUUUGGAAUCUUCCUCGUCUAGCUUGCCUUUCUUUUUUCAAAAGGUGGGGUGGUCCUUACGCGGAGCGAGUCCAAUCGAUUACCGCCCUCACCGAAACUCUUCCUCUAAGGAAUCAAAUACUUAAUAUAUAAAAUAAUCACUCCACCGUAUCUAUAUAUAUAUACACAACCGUUUCUCAAUUCUUCUUCAUCUCCAACCUCUAACUGUUUCUUCUCCCUUCUCUACAUCAUUUCACUUACAUAUCACCGAACAUGAGUUCUUACAAUCAAAACCAGCCUUCAGUGACAAGCCUUCCACCGUCAACUGGACCGUACGUAGCACCGCCACCGGCUGGUUAUCCAACCAUGGAUAACUCUGCUAAUCAGAAUCAAGCUCCGGUUGAAACAAAGUCCAGAGGAGAUGGCUUCUGGAAAGGAUGUUGUGCUGCCUUGUGUUGCUGCUGUGUGUUGGAUGCUUGCUUUUGAUGGCCGUCAAGAUCUCUGCUGUUUCUGCAGAUUGAUUAUAAUUUAUUGUGUAAAAAUAAUUAAUAAUUUAGAGGAUGAGUGUAUUAAGUUGCGCCUGUUGUUGCAGGCUCAUCUAGACGGGGGAAUAUAGCUUUUGACUUGUGUAUUAUUCUUGUUGGUUGAGUUGUCCUUAUAUUUGUAUCUUAUAUAUUUUAGUAAUAUUCCUUUUAUUCCAAAA